AAACCAAACAUUGAACAGGAACCAGCUGUGUACCUUCCGUACCCUUUGUCUACGGACAAUGAUUUGAGAUCACAGGAACAUAGGGGCAAGCUUUUGUUCACGAAAUGGAAAGACCUCAAACUCGACGUGGAAGCUCAGAUACCAAUUCCUUUUGGGAACAACAUCAGCAGGAAGCCAAUACCAGUCAAAGUGGUGCAGACGGUGGAAUAAUCAACUCGUCAUCAAGACCAUUAACACGAAUGGCGAACGAGUACGGAGUGCAAAAAUCAAGUGGAAUGGUGUCUGCUGGAUUUGCACAAAGGAUCUCUACCGUCAAUCGCCCUGGAUCUCGUGCUGGCACGGCUACAUCAGGAACCAAUGCUAUGAGAGCAGUCACGGCUUACAGUCAUAAUACGGCAACAGCUGACCGACCAACAACUCAGCAAGGAUUGGGAGGUUUAAAAACAGCUUCACGUGGACUCCCUCAAAGGCAAAUACAAGACAAAUCUUAUUAUCUGGGAGUGUUGCGGGCCAAAAUGACGGAGGUGAAUGCAGAAAUGGGAAAACUUACCAAGGGCAUUGAGAAAAAUAACAAGGAAUUGCAAAGUCUACCGUCGUUGGAAAAGCGAGUGAAAGAAAUGGCUACGGAAAUAACAGAUUUGCAGAGCCAGGCUGCUGAUUUGAAUUUACUUCAAGAAAAGAUAGCCAUCAGUAGUGACGCCUCGCAAAUGGAAAUAGAACUUCAAUCGUUGCUGAUUCAGAAUGAACGCGAAGCUCACGAAGCCGAAGAUAUAUUUGAGAUUGUCAAAGCAGUUAAAGAGAAAAUUGCAUCGUUAGAACGGGAGAUUCAAAUGGAAAACGAUGAGGCAGAGAAGUUUGUAACAUCUUUAGCACCAGAAGAUCAAGAGAAAUACUCGCAGUUAAAAACUGAGCAGAACAGAUUAGCAAAGGAAGUUGAAAAUACAACUACGCAGUUGACUGUACUGGAAGCUCGCGCUCGGAAAUUGGAAGAAGAAUUGCGUCUCUCACCCGUUAAAGAAGAAAUGUUUCAACUGCGCCAGUCUCUAUUUCAAUUGGAAACCAAAUACGAGCAGAUGACUGAACAAGAUGCAAAACGUCUGGAUCCGGAAGGAGAGCGAGCUCAACUGGUGGCCAGUGUCAAAAGUGACAAUGCCGAGGUGGCUGCUAUGGAGCUACAAAUCAAAGAAAUCUUGGCCGAAACAGAGAGAUUGCGAAAUGAACUGCAAGAAGUUGACAACACGUACGAGGAGAGUCAGAGUGAAAGAGGCCAGAAAUAUCGAGACUUGCGAAAACGAGAGCAAGUCAUGGAUGAAUUCUUGUCUUCAUGGGAAGACAAUUGUAUCAGUGAAGUAGAUCGUCUCAAAGAACUGGAGACUCUGAUCACACAAACUUUGAACAAGAUUGGCAAACAACAAUCUCUAAUGCAGCUAGUGCCCAGCAUAUCAGAAUAUUCAACUGCCAAGGAAGAUUACCUGGUCAAAGAAGGGGAGCUAGAGAAAUCACGAGCAACUGUUGAAGGCAUUGCUGUUGAGUACCAGCGGUUGCAGAACAACUUGCAAAAAAUGGAAGACCUAGAAAACAAAGUCCAAAAUGAAUUGAAGAUGCUAAAAGAACAGCUGGCCACAAUCGAGAUGAAUUCCUUGAAAUUCACUGGUGUAGACGAUUUGCGGCACGAAGCGGAAGAAAGAAGAAAUCGGCUUCUGUUGGAACAGGAGGAUUUAGCCGAUAAGAAAAGUGAAAUACAAGCUCGUGUUAGUCGAUUGCAAGCACAGUGCGACAAUCAACAGAUGGAGCUGGACAAAAACGAGACUCAUGUAGCUCUCCAUGUAUUUGACGAAAAACUUCGUCUGCUUGAAGAAGAAAACGAGUCCAUUUCAAAGUACUUAACUGAAAACGAAGACCUUUGCAACGUAACAGCACGUCGUGAAACUACUAUGGAUGUAGUGAAAACGUACUUAGAAGGUUUGCAAUUAAUUUAUACGUCAGCAAAUUAAACACAAAAUAUCAUUUUUAGCAUGUAUUCGAAAAGGAAUGUUGCUUGGAAAGCAAAUAUAAUUGUUGCACAGAAAUUCAAAGCUACUCCAUUACAACUCGUCGUGAAUUUCCGAGUCAUCGUCGUUCGGCUUUCGUGGCUCACUGCAGGCAGCUGGUGUCGUGAAUUUCAUUUCGUAUUCACAACGGUUCGGCUCGGACACAGAAAGAAGUUGAUUUUCCAUUCCACAUGUCAAGUGAACCUUGAGAGAACGCUGUGGUCCAUUCCAGCAUUGAACUCCUUUAUCAUACUUCAUGGCUGCGAACUUGUUUCCCUCCGGACCGUCCCAAGAAUCCCAAGAACCUAGGCGAGUCUCACUGCCUCCAUGUUUUGGCCUUUGACUUCCGUUGUCGAACGGGCACAGCUUGUAGGUGUAUUCUCUGUCGCUGUACUCGUAGCACUGUCCGUCCAUCGGCUGGAACUCUUCAUUGGGCCCGUAAUCUUUGGAGUUGGAUUCUUCCAACUGACGGAUUUCUCGCUCGAGAUCUCUCAACCGACGAUCAGCUUCAUCAUAGUCAUUACGGGCUUUAUUGGCAGCUGUAAAACGAAAAAGGUAAAGAUGACAUUGGAAGUAAAAUUGGGUUAACUAAAUAAUACCUUCAAUUAGCGACUGUGUUUCAGCAUCGUACUCAAUUGAACUUGGGGUAACAGGAGAAGGUUUCACAAUUUCUCCCUCUUCUUCAUGCUCCUCUUCUUCUUCUUCUCCUUCCUCUCCCUCAGUCUGAGUGCAAAUACUUGGUUAAUUUCAACAGUGAUAUCACCAUUUUUAAUUAAAAUUUACCUCUUGGAUAGGUUCUUCUUGGUGAUGGUCUUCGAGGUAAUGGGAUUUCCCCAGCUUGCUGCUCUGGCUGAGAAGGAGCUUCUAAGCCUUGUGCUUUCAUGAUAAAGGGUUUGAUCAAAGGCCAACCAGUGGUCACAAACUCAUUCCUUUCCAUUUCUUCUUCAUUAUGUAAAAAGAAUUUGGCUUCUUCAACAGAGACAGUACCAUCUUGAUUUUGAUCAAAAGCUAUGUGUGUUUGCAGUUCUUCAACUUGAAGUUUGCCAUCCUGAUUGCUGUCCAGCCAAUCAAAUGCCUGAAUCAAACAAAAAAUAUAUAUGGUAAAUAGUUUUUCUUUGUAGCAGAAAUGUAGUGAAAAACUACUUUCGAAGCUUCAGUUUCCCGCUGGGAUCUUUCUAUUUCUUCUUUUUCUUUCAUGGCUUCUUGUUCAAUUUGACGAUAUUUGUCUAGAGCUUGUCUUUCGGGCUCUUCUGCUUCAUGUUUCUCUCUUUCCUUCUCAGAACGAAGAGCCUCUGCCUCUAGCUGUUCAGCUUUCAAAGCCAUAUUUCUCUCUUGCUGAGACAGCUUGGCCUGUUUUCCCUUGUUAAUGUACUCCAGUUUGAUGGCAUAUCCUUGACUUUCCAACUCAUAUCUGGAAACAGAUUAUCUUUUUAUCUA